CAUAAUCUUCCUCUUCCCUUUCCCUCCCUUUUUCUCUCUGUUAAUUAAUCAUCCAACUCAAAAUAGCUAUCUAUUAUUUCCUCUUUUUUUCUUCUCGACAUCUCCGCUCUUAAGCUAACCAAACUUUGUUUUCAACGUUGUACUUUGCUUCAAUUUCUCUAUUUUCUUGUUGGUUUUAUCAAAGAUUCUUUUACAGACAUUUCAUAAACUUUCAGUUGAAUUGUUGGUGUUUUUGCAUUUAUACAAUAAAGGCUUUGGUUUCAUUUCAUCUCGUUGAUCAUGGCUUCAAUGUCUAAUACCAUUCAGAUUUCUCUACAAAAAUCAAAAUUUUCUUCACCCCACAAACUUGUUAGUAGAAGUUUAACAAAUUUAGUUCCUUUGAGAAGUCUAUCAGUUGUUUUAAAUUCCAAAAGCUUUGAACUUUCACCUGUGGGGUUAUCCAGCAAGCCCCUGAAGUUAGUUAAAUGCAGUCAACUACUGAAGCCAAGAAGCAAUGUUGAUGUUUUUGUCACAAAGGCUGCAGCUGCUGAUGCAGAGGGUCUUGACAUUGAAAUUACUGAUGGGUAUGUUAAACCAACUAAAGGCUUUGCUGAAAAAUUUCCAGCUCUAGUUACUGGAUUCUUUUUCUUUACAUGGUACUUUCUGAAUGUGAUUUUCAAUAUACUCAACAAGAAGGUCUACAAUUAUUUCCCAUACCCUUACUUUGUGUCGGUUGUACAUCUUCUAGUUGGAGUAACCUAUUGUCUUAUUAGUUGGUCUGUUGGUCUACCUAAACGUGCACCCAUCAAUAAGGAACUUCUGGCACUGCUCACUCCAGUAGCAUUCUGUCAUGCUCUUGGACAUGUUAUGUCUAAUGUAUCAUUUGCAACUGUUGCUGUAUCCUUCACUCAUACCAUCAAAGCUCUGGAGCCAUUCUUCAGUGCAGCUGCUUCUCAGUUUGUCUUGGGGCACCAGAUCCCUGUCUCUCUGUGGUUAUCACUGACCCCUGUUGUCAUUGGUGUAUCGAUGGCUUCAUUGACUGAACUGUCAUUCAAUUGGACUGGCUUCACUAGUGCAAUGAUCUCAAAUAUUGCUUUUACUUACAGAAGUAUCUACUCAAAGAAAGCAAUGACUGGAAUGGAUAGCACAAAUGUAUAUGCAUAUAUUUCAAUCAUGGCCCUCUUCUUUUGCCUCCCUCCAGCCAUAUUUAUUGAAGGACCCCAACUAUUGCAGUAUGGUUUCAGGGAUGCCAUUACUAAAGUAGGCCUUUAUAAGUUCUUAUCUGACCUCUUUUGGAUAGGGAUGUUCUAUCAUCUGUAUAACCAGAUAGCUACCAACACAUUAGAGCGGGUUGCGCCACUUACACAUGCUGUUGGAAAUGUACUGAAGCGAGUUUUUGUGAUUGGUUUCUCUAUUGUGGUAUUUGGAAACAAGAUAUCAACUCAAACUGGGAUUGGUACUGCAAUAGCCAUUGCAGGUGUUGCUAUCUACUCUUUAAUAAAGGCAAGGAUGGAAGAGCAAAAGCGGAAGGCUGCCCUUGCUCAUGCACAAUAGGGCACACUAGCAAAGAAGAGUUAAAGACUGGAGACAAAAAGUACCAAGCAGUGCAGAGAUGAUCUGAUUAAUGCAGGAGAAUAGUUACCUCAUCUCAGCUACGGCUUUUUAAUUAUUUUAGUUCGCUUGUUUCUUCUGUACAAUUGUAAAUUUGGCCUCAUUUUGUUGGUUUGAAUAUUCACAAGUUAGAUACAAGCUGAUAAAUUCAGCGGGCAGUAAUUCCAGAAAAUAAGACUCUAAAUUACAUUUCGUUUUUUCAGUUGUUUGCUGAGCUAUUCAAAAGAUUACAGUGAUGCAAAGAAUAUUAUACAAUUCGUAAAUAGUUUGAACACUUACCUCCAGACGUGGAGGACGCAGUACUGCAGAUCAGACAACUUUAUUUCGUUUGGAGUGAGUAAAUAUUGCACACAGCGGAAACAGAUUGCUAGAUUCAUUUCAGUACCAUGAAUCCCUGACAAGCUCACCAGCACAACUUAGAAACAGAAUCAAUUUUGAAGAAAACAAAAAGCAAGAAGCGAAUGAACAUUUGUAACUAAUGUAAAAUAUUCAGCAGGAAAAUUGUGCUACAAUUGUUCGCCAAGACCUUGAUCUCAUUGCAAUAGCACUAGCAUAAUAGCAAUUGCGUCUUUGUUUUCCCUCUUCCUAAAGGGUACAAAAGAAUAUGAAAUUUUGUGAAGAAAAGAACCUUCUAAUAUAGACACUCCUCCAUGGCUUAAUACUAACCAGAAUUUUAUAAUUUACAGACAUUGGAUAAAGGAUAAAGCCAAGGACACAAGAUGCAAAACAUCACCAGAUUUUGUCAACUCCAUCUGCACUUUGAUGUCAUACCUGUGGAGGCUGGCCUGAAGAAGAGGAAAAGAGACCCUAGGAAAGCUUUAAAUUGCUACAAGCAAUGAUAUUUAAUCAACCAUCUAUAAAGUCCUUAGCAAAAAGGUCUCCAUUAACAAACUAAAAGGGGCCAACAGAUUAGUAGGGUAGUCCCAGAGUCAAUGCAACACCAUCUAUUCGGCAUAUUCAUUACUGUAUUCAAGAUUAAACAGCAUGUUCCGACGGUUCUCUGUGCACAUUCGGAUGUCGAACUGUUUGGCCCAGGAUUCCACCCGAUCGUCAGAUUCAUAGUCCAUCUCUCGAGUACAUUGCCUUCGGAUCUUUUUCAGCGUUUCCUUAGAUGGUUUAUAUUGUGCACGCACCUGCACAUGAUGCCAAAUUUUAAAUUAUUAGUCAGCUCAAACCAU